AUGGAGUUGGAAGAACUCGUUCAGGAUCAUGCCGGAGGUUCACCAAGCCCAAAGACCUCUUCAGGAUCAGAAAUUGAAAAUGAUGAACUUCAAGAAUCCUCAAGUUCUGAUGAACAAUCUACAGACUACUCAGAUUGGACAGCUGAAGCUGGAGUUAAUCUUGAGCCUCCUAAACGUACUGCACACAAGCAGAAGAAAAGCCCACGAAAAAGAAAGCGAAAGAAAAGGGGAUCUGAUUUUGAAGAAAAUGAUAAAGAUGAGGAUGAUGAAGAGGAUGAAAAGUUAGAAGAAAGCAGAAACACUGCCAGAGUUAAUCAACGUGUACAAAGACAGCCAAGAGGACCUAGGCCAAACCUCUCAGAAAUUAGUGGUGGUGCGGAUGAGAUUCCAGAGGAAUUCCGCCCUCCUGAAUGGUUGACAGAGACUUUUCCUAAAAAGGCACCAUAUUUCCCUCAGAUGGGAGAUGAGCUUAUUUACUUCAUGCAAGGCCAUAUGCUUUAUGUAGAAGCCGUUAUGAAUAGGAAAUUGUAUACCAUUGAUAAACGUAAUUUGCCUUGGAUGAGAACUGUAAAUAAACUAAGGGACCAAGAAUAUGUAAAAAUUAUAGGAAUUAAGUAUGAAAUAAAACCACCAAGGUUGUGUUGCCUUAAACUUGGUAUUUUAGAAGCUGGAACGGGUAAGCUUACCUCAGAUUCAUUUACCAUCAAGUACCAUGACAUGCCUGAUGUAUUAGACUUCUUGAUACUUAAGGCAACUUAUGAUGUGGCUGGUCAAACAGACAUUGGAGAACAGGUGACAGAUUCCGAUGCAUCAUUGAUGAUGCAUGGUGGUUUGGGACAGUGGAAAGACAAGAACCUCAUUUACCAGAGUUUCCCGACUCCAUGUUCAUGUGCUAUCGUGUUCUUUGGGAUAAUGGUGAACAAGAACGCCUAAGCCCAUGGGAUAUGGAAAUUAUAGAUGAAGAAAGUGCUGAUGUUGUUGAACGAGGCGGAAGUCUUGCUGUGAAACAGGAUGAGUUGGAGGAUUUGCUUUAUACACCAUCUGAUGAAGAGUGGGCUGGUCGGAAUCCUGAUUUGGAGUGUGACCGUAUUUCAUAUGGCCUGUCAAAAAUAAUGAGUUUAGCCAUUGCAGAGCCAUUUCUUGUUCCUGUUGAUCUAAACGAUUAUCCGAUGUAUGCUCUGAUUAUUGACUACCCAAUGGACCUUACAACC